AUGUCCGCCGAACAGUUUAUUGGCCGUUGGAAGCUCGUCGAAUCCGAGAACUUUGAGGAUUAUCUGAAGGAGGUUGGAAUCGGUUUGAUCCUCCGAAAAGCCGCUUGUGCUGCCAAGCCAACUUUGGAAAUCAAGGUUGAAGGAGAUAGAUGGCAUGUGAAUCAACUCAGCACUUUCAAGAAUACUACCCUGGAUUUCACUUUGGGAGUAGAAUUCGACGAGACAACUCCAGAUGGCCGUCAAUUCAAGUCGACAAUCACAAUUGAGGACGGAAAGGUUGUCCACAGACAGAAAAAAGUCAAGGAAUCCGAUCACGAUUCGGUGAUCACUCGUUGGUUCGAAGGAGAGAAACUCAUCACAACUCUUCAGUCUGGAUCUGUUGUCUCUCGUCGUGCAUACAUCCGUGAAUAG